AUGAGUUCAGAUAUUGAAGUUAAACCUGUGAAGAAUGAAAAAGUUAUUUCUUUUAAUCAGCAUGUGUUGAUUCGUUUGCCUUCUGAAGGUGUAAAGAUAGCAUACUUAAAGGAAGAAGGUAUUAUUAAUUUAGGAAAAUUUGGAUCCUUCCAAGCAAGCGGUGUUGUUGGAUAUAACUUCGGUCAAUCGUUCGAAAUCAUUGAAGAUGAGAAUGUGAAUCCAAUUAGCUUCAUCGGAGAAGUUGCCGAUGCCAGUGAAAGAGAAGAUACUCCUGAGUUAAGCAAAGAUGAACUUACCAUGAUGUUUUCCAACAGUGCUGAGAACAAUCAAAAUAUCAUAAACAUAGGAUCCAAAGUACAGCAACUUUCUAAUGCUGAUAUAGAUGAAUUAAAAAAAUCAGGAGCAUCUUCAAACAUUGGUCAACAGAUUAUUGAAAAGAUGAUCUCUGGUCAUGGUGGAUUUGAUAAGAAGACAAUCUUUUCUCAACAAAAGUAUUUGAAAAGAAAGCAGCAAAAGUUCCUUAGACGUUUUACAGUAGAAUAUAUUGGCUCUUCAGAACUUUUAGAGUAUUUCAUUGUGAAAGAUCUUCCAAGGGUUCAUGGUAUAAGUGAAGAAACUCUUGGAUCGAUAUUAUCUUACGGAAAUAUACGACCAGGUGGUAACUAUUUAGUCAUUGAUGAGACUGGUGGGGUUGUAAUAUAUGCAAUGUUGGAAAGAAUGAAAGGUGAAGGUAGCAUGGUUGUGGUUCAUGAAAACGAACAUGUCAAUUUUUCGGCUCUUAAGUAUGCUGAUUAUCCUGAAGAUUUACAGAAUGAGAUGGUUAAAACUAUUAAUUGGUUGCAAUUCCUUGAACCAGAGAAUGAAAAAAUUUUAUGGGAAGAUGUUGAUGAUGAAGAAUUUGCCAAUAUGAAGACUUCCAAAAAGGCUCAGUAUGAACGUCGUUCUAAAAGAGCAAACUAUAUAAACUCUGUUAUUGAAGUUGCAAAGAAGGGAAAUUUUGAUGCCUUAAUCUGUGUCAGCACAUUGCAUCUUCCAACAUUGUUGCCUGAGAUUCUUCCAAAGAUAGGUGGAUCUAGACCUAUCGUAGUAUACAGUCAAUUUAAAGAGCUUUUAUUAGAUACCCAACACUGUAUGAUGAGUGACAAAAGGGUCUUGGCUCCUUCGAUUAUUGAAACUAGAGUCCGUAAAUAUCAGACAAUUCCAGGAAGACUUCAUCCUUUGAUGACCCUGAGAGGUUAUGGAGGUUAUAUUUUGUGGGGGACUAGAGUGAUUCCUCAAGAGUCUGGAAUCACUGCUGUUGGAAGAGGAAUUACUAAAAAGAGAAAGGAAAAUCCAGAACUGACUCCAACCCAAGAGGCUGACACCACAGAAACUGACACUCCAGAGACUACCACUGCAUCGUAA